AUGCUAGAAGCUAGAGAAGAAGUGGAGCAUGAAAUUCUGUGGGUGAUGAAUAGAGGUUCUACCAAUGUGUGGCAUGAAAAUUGGACCGGCCUGGGAGCAUUGUAUCAUGUGUUGCCACCAGAAGUCCCUAUAAAUGAAGAACUGGAGGAAGUACUUGAUCUGAGAACUGCACAACAAUGGAAUGAUGAAUUGCUGAAUCACAGAUUUCCUGAAGAUAUUGCAGAACAUAUUAGACAGGAGGUACCUUUUUAUAGUGGAGAUGAAUUCUGGGACAUACCUAGGUGGAUGCCUACACAAUCAGGUAAGUUUUCUGUUAGUAGUGCAUGGAGAAUAAUGAGGCACAGGGAACCUACAAAUCCAGAAUUCUCAAAGGAGGAGUCAUUCCAGCAUUUGUUCUUAACAAGUAAAACAGCAACUAAGGUAUGGGAAACGUUCCUACAGGCUGCAAGAUUGAUGACUAAUAUGGUACAGGUGCACCAGGUUAUAAGGGUAUGGUGGAAUGCAAAAUGUUGCCCAAAGCUAAGACCUAUAUUUCAGGCAGCUCCUGCAGUAAUUCUAUGGGAAAUCUGGAAGAGAAGGAACACUAGAAAACAUGGUGGAUCAGUGUCCUGUAGCAGAGUCAUACAUGAGGUGAAUAAGACUUUGUAUUAUUUGGCGAAGGUGAGGUAUCCGUGGCUUCAAGGGAUUCCAAUGCUUUGGCCAGAAAUGAUACGAUUUUUUGAGAAUUAUAAGCCAGUGGUAGUCACUCGAAGAGUUACAUGGACAUUGCCAUAUGACAAAUGGUACAAGUGUAAUACAGAUGGGGCAUCAAGAGGGAACCCGGGCCCAAGCUCGUAUGGAUUCUGUGUUAGAGAUGAUAGAGGGGAUUUGGUGUAUGCAAAAGCAAGGGAGAUAGGUGAGACAACAAACAUUGUAGCUGAAGCUAAAGGAAUGAUGGAGGAACUGAUAUACUGCAUGGAACAACAGCUUCACCCAUUGAUCAUGGAGACGGAUUCAUUGGUGAUGAAGAAUAUAAUUGAUGAUGAAUGGGAGACACCAUGGUGUAUUGGAACGGAAGUAAGGAAGAUCAAGGAGAUAAAGGAGUCCUAUAAUGUACUAUUCCAGCAUGUGUAUAGGGAGGGCAACAAAGUGGCGGAUUUUUUAGCUAACCACGUGUUCUUUUUUGCAGGUACUGUCACAUUUCAAUCAUUCCAUGAGUUACCAUCGGAAGGAAAGGCUCUAAUCAAUAUGGACAAAGCUCAAAUACCUAACCUUAGAGUUAGGAUCGCCAAAAGAAGAGCACCAGACUAA